AUGAUAGUCUGGUUCUCAAUAAUCGAGUCCCUGGUAAUUGCCGAGGACGGACCCCGAAAACGCAGACGGCCCGCAAAGUCCUGCGAGCAGUGCCGACAGCGCAAAGUCCGUUGUGACCGGAACAUCCCAUGUGCUCCUUGUACACGUUCGCGAACAGGGCCGCGCUGCUCGUAUCGUGACGCCUCACCGAGCCCUCAGCUGGAGCAGCCUGCUUCAGGGAAUCAUUGCCCCGUUCAGGUGGUAGCCCAGCCAACCUUGAAUCAUUUAACACCGACGUCUCUCGGGGAUACGCCGCACCCCAGUGUCGCUGGACGACACCAGUCAGUGUACAGCUUUUCGCAGCCUACCUCACCUGCUCAUUCUGAGGCAUCCCUUCAGGAUAUAAAGCGUCGCUUGCAGUCUCUUGACGAACGGUUGUCCCGUUGCGAGACCAGCAGUCAGUCGGCCCAUCCAGGACUAGACCAUGCAUUGCGUGACUUGAGCGAGAGAGUCUUGCAUAUCGAACAAGAGGUCUCUGCGUCCUCGCGUGUAGAGACACAAGAUCAAGGGCUGUCAAUCAGUGGCAUGCCGCCACGUCUACAUACAACUGCGAAUAAGAUGAAGCUUUUAGGCCCAACUCAUUGGAUCCACACCACGGACAAGCUGCAAGUCAUCGAUACUCUCAACACGAAAGGGUCAGAGCCCUCAUACAGAGAGCUCAAAGCCGAUCUGGCGAAUCUUGUAGCAGAAUGUCGAGGACACCGGCAAGUCAUCAAAUCGCAGCAGUCUAUAACGCUCAACGAACCAGUCCCGGACCUGCACAGUACCAUUCCACCUAGAUCUGUUUGUGAUGAGCUGGUCAAUUGCUAUCUGCGGACAUUUGAAUUGAUAUAUCGAGUCAUUCAUGUCCCUUCCUUCUGGAAGGAAUACAACCAGUUCUGGGAACAGCCUCAGUCCACCUCCACGUCCUUUCUCAUCAAGCUGGUGCUGAUUCUGGCAAUCGGCACAGCAUUCUAUCCAGGUCGGGAUAAUCCCAUCAAUGAUGAGUAUACCCACUUGGCCCAGAAAUGGAUAUACGCGGGACAAUGGUGGCUGACUGGGCCGUCGGAAAAGUCAACCUUCAAUCUGGACGGUGUGCAGGUGCUUUGUCUACUACUUAUCGCGCGCAAAGUAGGGGCGUUGGGACCGUCUCAAUGGCUUUCAACAGGCUCGCUCACCAAAAUGGCCAUGGCAGUUGGUCUGCAUCGUGAUCCUGGGAACUUUCCUUCCUUGUCGGUCUUUCAGUCGGAGAUGCGUGUCCGGCUUUGGGCUACUGUGCUCGAGUUGGCGCUUCAGUCGUCGCUAGAAUCAGCCACGCCUCUUUCUAUAUCUGAUUUUGACACAAGAGCUCCGUUGAAUAUCAAUGACGAAGACAUUAGUCCAGAUACAGCCACGGCUGUUCUUCCAAGACCGACCGGCACACCCACCGAAACCUCCAUUCCACUACUCCUCCACGAAUCGGUACGGCUCCGCAUGAAAGCCAUUCAAUACAUCACCAAACACCACAGACAAUCCUACCAACAAGCGCUACAACUAGGCGGAGAACUGCGCAACGCAUGCCGCAAACUCGCAGCAUUUUUCCACUCCACAAACCCACAACACUCCAAUCAAGACACGUCCCCGAACGACUUCCACAGAAAGUUCCUCGACAUCGAAAUCCGCCGAUACAUUCUUGCCCUCCACACGCCAUUCAAGAUUCAAGCCCGCAAAGACCCGCAGUACUACUACUCCCGAAAAGUCUGUCUGGAAUCCGCCAUGGUGAUUGCCUCCUACGCAGAUGGUCUCAACCUCCCCUCCAACAUACUAGACGACUUCUCCCGACUCACUAUCCUCGGACGAGGCUCCUUCAAAGGCCCACUCGGUCUAGAAAUCACCUCCAUCCUGGGCCUCGAAAUCAUCACCCAGUUAGAGGAGGAAGCACCCGCACAACAACCCCUAUCCCAUCCCAUCCCGGAUCCGCUCGAUGAACUCGCAAAAGUAAGUCGCGCCCCUCUCAUCCGGAGCCUCAAACACAUCCGCGCCCAACUCCUGCAGGUCAUCAAACUGGGCAGUCCCAGUACGAGACGGUACCAUUUCGUCGCGGCAAUGCUCAGCCAGAUCAGGGCUAUGGAGUCGGGCGAGUGUAUCAAGCGUGUCGUGUAUGAGUCUAUCAAGCAGAGCUCGAAGGAAUGUUUUGCGUUGAUGCAGGCGAGCACGGCUCGUGGGUCAGCGUCAACGCCGGAUUUGAGUGUGGGUGUUGUUCCUAGCCUGGCUGAUCCUGCUUUGUCGAGGUUUGAUAUGGAUUUUGCUGACUGUCUGUUUGAUCUGGAUCUCCCGAGCCUUUUAUCUUUUACGGGUAUGGAUGACAUCAACAAGGCUAGUUUCUAG